GUUGUCCCCUGCCAUCAUCGCUCACCUCCCAUCGCAUACACACCAGCCCCCUCUGUUCUCCUCUGACCUCCGCAGCCUCCUCUGCUCGCACGCAGCGACGUCAGCAUAGCAUCCACACGCAUCCAAGCGUCCAUGACAAAAGUUCACCCAAACGCCGCGGCAGCGGCGGCAGUUGCUCCGGCGGCCGUGGCGGAGGAGAAAGGGGAGGCUGUGUCGCUGACGGUGUGGCGGCGGUCGCUGUUGUUCAACGGGAAGGGGUUCACGGUGUUCGACUGCAAGGGCAACCUCGUCUACCGCGUCGAGACCUACGGCGGCGGCUCGCCCCGCGAGGUCGUGCUCAUGGACGCCGACGGCCAUGGGCUCCUCACCAUUCGCCGCAAGAAGCUGAGCUUGGCAGACGAGUGGCUCGUAUACGAAGGCGACGCGGCCGCGUCCCGGUCGGCGGCUGCGCCACCGAAGCGGUUCACGGCCCGGCGGCACGUGAGCCUGCGCCCGACCAGGUGCCUGGCUCACCUGUCCCCGCCGCGCAGACAGUCCUGCGCGGACGGGGGAGUUGUGCCCAGCUGCCGGUACGACGUGGAGGGCUCGUACGCCGGACGCAGCCUCGACGUGUUCGCCUCCUCCGUUUUAGGCGACGAGCAGCGGCGGCGAGUCGCUACGGUGUGCCAGAAGGAGGCCGCCGUCGGGCCGGACGUGUUCCGCCUCGUCGUGCAGCCGGGCUUCGAGCCGUCGUUGGCCAUGGCCGUUGUCAUCCUCCUCGACCAGAUGAACGCAUCCUGAACAUGGCCCGGGGAUGAUGUACAUGCACGAAUCUUGCAGCACUCCGCACCACCGUGGGUCACCGCCGCAUGGUGUGAAAAUUUGGGCACAAAGCAUCUUCUAAUUGCUUUAGCGACUGAUGAGCCUCUUUUUUAUGCUUCAACGUUACUGUCUCGUCUCUCCUGAGCAGAGAUGAUUGAUGGAAGCAUUUGUCCCAGGGGCGGCGACGCUUUUAUGUUCGGAUUUCAGGAUUCAGGGUUAGAGAUCGUAUGGGUAUGGAUGGCGGCCAUAUUGAAGUGUUCUAUACGUGCCGGGUUUCUUUUUAUUUCUUGGCCUAAAUAAAUCUGCACACAUAGGAGGUGAUAGAUGUAUAUAAAUCAAAUGAUCCAAACAUUGAAGUUAUGUGUGGGUGUACAUACAAGUCCAAUCCCUUUUGUUUCCUUGAAAGGAAAUUACGAUGACUUUGUUGUACAACAUUCGAUCUGUUAUUGAACUAUGGUAACUUGCGUUGGAUCUGUUA